AUGAAAGGCGCCGGGUCUGAGCGUUUCCCGUUAAAUGACACCAUUAAAUGGAUGAUGGAAUUAAAUAAAACGCGCAAAGGGCCGCUGCCUGGAGAGAAACCCGCCAACGUGGAUGCCGCCGUGAAUACCUCAGUUGUGGUUGAUUCAAACUACGAUGGAACAGUCGCCCAAGAACUGGAAUUAGAGCAAAUGUACUCCACAUUGGAAGAGGCGAUUGUGAAAACGUGCAGUACGCCUCUUGAAAAUCAACCACCACUUCCCCGCAUAGCCCUAAGCAAGCGGAAUCAGGUUGUCAUGAGGGCUCUGAACCCAAUGCUGGUGACCUAUUUCGAAGCCAGCCGGGAGCUUUGCGAGACGGACUCAAUUCUUUUUGGCGCCGCACUGGCAGUCUGCCGUGUUAUAGGUGCCAAACUUUCCAUGACUGGACGCGCUACUGGACAAAGUAGCGCUAUCCCAGCCUGGAGAAUAAGAAUUGAAGAACGUAUCGCAAAGGCUAGGGCCCUCAUCGGCAGACUGAUAUGCUUCAGGUCAGGCAAUAACAGGCCAAGGAUUGUGCACCGCAAGUACGGCGUUUGCUGUGACAAAUGUUAG